AUGUCAAAAGUGUGGCUUAUUACCGGCUGCUCUAGCGGGUUCGGUAGGGAGAUAGCUCUGGCAGCAGCUCACCGCGGAGAUACCGUUAUAGCUACGGCACGCGAUGUUUCUAAGCUUGAAGAGCUAAAGGAGCAGAAUAAUCUUAUAAAGACGAAGAGACUCGAUGUACUGGACAAUGAUGCGCAGAUGGGCGCUACCAUAGAGGACAUCAUUAAGGAUGUGGGGAAGAUUGAUAUCCUGGUCAACAAUGCUGGAUACAUCCUUGUGGGCGCCAUUGAAGAGUGCAGCCUCGAAGAGGUCCAAGCAUCCUUCGCCACCAACGUUUUCGGACAGAUGAAUGUUCUCCGUGCUGUUAUCCCAUACAUGCGAGCCCGAAAAUCUGGCACAAUAGCGAACCUCGGCUCAAUUGGUGGCUGGGCUGGUACUCCUGGUGCAGGAGUUUAUUGUGCUACCAAGGCCGCAAUUGCAGUUUAUACGGAGUCCCUUCGCGGAGAGCUUGCCGCGUCUAAUAUCGAAGUUGUGUGCAUUGAACCAGGAUAUUUUAGGACCAACUUUCUAGAGAGUGGCCAUAAAACCAGGGCUAAGAAGGCCUCCGAGGCCUCGGACAGUACGAAUUCCCUCUUGAACGCAUAUAGCAAAAAACAGCCGGGGGACCCGAGGAAGGGGGCAAGCGUGAUCGUGCAGCUCCUAAGCAAAACAGGCCCGGCUGCUGGGAAGACUCUGCCUGCAAGGCUUGCACUUGGCAAGGACGCUGUUGGUUUCAUUAGACAUUCAUUAGAGCGAAACAUGACAGACUUGGAUGAAUGGGAGGAUAUCGUGUCCCAAACAAAUUGUGAUGAUGUCGUUUAG